AUGAACAACGACGUCCUAUACGAGGUCAUCAAGUAUCUAGACUUUCCUGUGAGAGACAGAAAGGUGCAGGAAGCACAAUUCAGCAGGAUUAAUUCCAGAAGAAUGAUGAGAUUUAAUAGAAACCUAGUUGAGAAAAAGCUAUCAGACCGCCCCCAUAUUAACGAUUUAAAAACAUCCAACAUAUAUAAGGAGAGUGGAGUAAACUUCGCAAAAAUACACAGGGUGCUGUCGGAUGUCUUCGGCCGAAGAGGAUCUCCUCCAUUUCAGAACAUAUCUUCCACCUUGGCAGGACUUGUAAAGGUAAUGGACUUCAAGUUGAAGAAGAUAAUGCUGGCAUCAAGAAUAGGAGGGAAAAGGUAG